GUAUUUAUACACUCUACUAAGGAUCCAAUUGUAGAUCACAGCUUAGAAAUUCUUCACGAUGGACAUUGGUGUCUGUACUGUCUUACAAAGAAGGGAUGCAUAUAUAGGGUUGGAAAGGGUUGUGAUAAAGAGCUUGCCAGGCACAAAGGCCCACCUGAGGAUAAUCAGUCAGAGAUAUUUUCGGAUCUCCUUGGGCCUGAAGAAUUGGAUGAUGUGUUUCAACUGCACAUGUCAACACAGCCAGUCUAUGUUCUGAAUGAUUCAGACAUUAUCAUUAGAAACCUUCAGUACCCUAUAGCGCUAUGUGUUUGCUCUAGUCAUAUCAUUGCUAUUACAGAGGACUCUGUGUUUUACACAUUGUCUCUGUUUAGAAAACAAUGUAAUACAAAUACUGCAGAAGGCAUAGCUAUACUUCCAAAAAGCUCUGGCCAUGGUGAAAAAGAUGUCUGUCUAGCAUCUGGUCUGAUAAAUAUUAUUACAUGUGAUUGCAUGGAUGGGAAAGACACAUUUUAUUCAGAUGUGGUUAUUAUAGAUGUAACUUUAUUCAAGCAAUUGUUUGGUGAAGAAACAGCUCUUCUUAGUUCUCCAGUGUUGAUGGUCAGUAAAAUAGAUGGAACAGUAUGUUAUAUUCCAUUAUCAUCUUUUGUUUCAAGUCCAGAUAACUCCUUAGUUUCCAGUACCGAAAGUUACAGGAAUACAUGGAGUAUUUUAUGCUGUAUGUCCGCAAAUGUUGUAGCAAUCACUACUUUAACAGUACUAGAAGAUCACCGACCUACUAAUGAACACUGUAAGAAUGCCUUAUGUAUAUGCGGAUGUGAUGGUCAAGUGGUAAUAUUCUGGAGUGAGGAUGGUAAAACAGAAUAUAUCAUCUCUGAUGUUUCCAUUUGUAGCCCUGUGCUUAGUGUUCAAUCAUUUCACAAUAAGAUAUAUAAUACUAAUGGAUGUGCAAUAUUUGAAAGUAUAGUUGAGAUACCAGCAGAUAGGAACAGCAACAGUUUGACUAGGAAUGGACAGCUUCAGAUAUCGGAUACAAACGUAGUCAGUAAUGACAGUGUGGCUGUUAUUCAUGCAGUAUCUUCAGAUGGAUAUGUGGAGUCACAAGCAUCCCCAUGUACAUUUUACUGUACUUGUCGGAAUGGACAUGUUAAGGCAAUCAAAUCAUCAACACUGUUAGAUAAUCAUUGUGACAGUCAAAGUACACCUCAUGGUAAUUUAAAAGAUAUUCUGACAUCAAUUGAUGACAUAGGUAAAAAAAGACAGCACUUAAAGAAUCAGGUUAAAGUCAAAGAAGAAAACAUACAGCAGCUUGGCAUAGCAUCAUACCUAAAUACCUGUAAUGCUAAUCUGUCAAAAGAAAUGUCAUGUAAUGAAGGAAGGCGAUUUGAUGUAAGAAACAUGUCUACCAAGUCACCAUUUUCUGUUGUUCUUAUGCCAAGAACACAAGUUACUAAAGAUAAUGAAGUGAUUGAUAUGACUGUUGAGAUAGUUAAUCAGAUGGCAGUGAAACCUUCAGCAGAUUGGACAAUUAUCGUAUCCGUAGUUACCUUAACUAGCAAUGAUACCAUCUUGAAUGCGUCUGUUAAAAUUGAUAAAGAGUGGAAAGAAAAUGAGAAAGUGAGUGUUCCAAUCCAAAUAACUUUCAAACAAAUAUUGUCAAUAUGUAAACUUGUUGUUAAAGCAGUUCUUGCAAUAGAAAAGAGUGGUAAGCAACAGCAUGGAGACAAAGAGUGUAGUGGUAUACAACAUAUAAGUAUUCCAAUAUAUGAAAAAGAUAUUGAUAUAAUAGACUGUUUGACACCUGUAUCAGACAAUGUCAAUGAUUGUAUGGCGAAAUAUGCAUCCAUAUCAAAUGCAAUGAUGACAGAUCAGACGAAGAAUCGAAUGCAGAGGCUAAAAUUGUCAACAGCAAAUAAUGAAGGUGUUGAUGAUACGGCUGCAUGCACCACAAGGAAUAUUCUUUAUCUACCUAAACCGGAAGUUGGAAAUGACGGACAGGAUAAAGUAGCUCAUAAAAUUCUAGUAGAACUUUUUGGUAAGGCUGUGUCAGACAACAGUGGCAUAAAUCCUUCCAACUGCCAGCUAUCGACUGCUCUUGGGCAUAUCGUGCAUCUAAGUGUAGUGCCAAUGGGAAAUUACGAGAUAAAAGAUGGAAAUGUAUCGACCAGAGAAAUGGAUGCAUUUGAAGUGAUAGUCAGAAGCAGCCUAUCUAUUGCUGCAGCUUGGCAUAAAGCCAUUAGUCGCCGGGAACAAGAGAUUGCACAAGCAUUUGGAAUUAAAAAGCAACCAGCGCUUUCAGUACAACAGUGUCGGAAAGCUAUCAAAAUAGCAGAGGAUACCAUCAAUGAUGUAAGUGGCAUCACUACAUACAAAACAGCUGCUAUAUCGUCUGCUUUCCAGAAAUUAAGGAGUGUAGUUCUCUGAAACACGUGAUUGCAUGAUUAACACAGUAUUUGUAGGGUUUCCUGAAUAUCGACAAUAUUGGGAUUCCAUGUGCCUAUUCUGUUAUUUCUGUUAGAUGUAUGACAAUAAACAUGAACUGUUUUGUUAUAAUUGUUACAAUGUGUGCUUUCAAUUCAUUACCAGUAUAACAUUUCGUUUUUGUCACAUUGAGGUUAUAUGUUCUUAUGGCAAAUUUCCAGCUUUAUUGGUGUAGAGAAACGUCAUAUGCUGCCACACCUGUUUAUUAUUUCAGGCAAAUACAGUGAAACCACAAACAUUUUAAGUUCACCGGAGUACAAAAUGCUGUAGGUGAGCUUUUGUGAUCACUAUUUGUCUGGCGUCCCUUUGUCCGUCAGUGCAGGGGUCAUGGCUUUUCCUUAUAUGUUGUAAAUACUUCAAAACUUUUCAUGAAAACUGCAAGGGCUUUAUCUUAGAUAUUUAGCAUGAAAUAUUGUCUAGUGGAUUUCUCAAAAAAAAAUGUUCAAAUGAUAGCCCUUUUGUGAAAAUUGAUAAAAUAUUGGUUGAAAAUUUCAAAUACAAAUAAUAUUAUUUUAAAUACGAUAUAUAAUAACUUAUUAAAACAAUGUUUAAAUGGUGUCAAAAAUUGGACAAACAAUGAUAAACUAAUAUUAGAAAUUUAUGGUUUUGCAGAUGUAUUUUUGAAUCCAAAUGAAAUUAAUAUAAAUGCAUUUUUGGUACAUUUUAAACAAAGAGUUUUGGAUUGCUUAAAACAAAAAUGGCAAGCAGAUUUAAACAAUAAUAGUGUUUUAAACACUCUUUAUAUUCAUCUAAAAACAUUUAAAUUUUGAAAAUUAUUUAAAUACUAUCAAAUCUAAAUAUCUAAGGAGUAGUAUUACGCUUUUAAGAAUUUCUUCACAUAAUCUUAGAAUUCAAACAGGUAGAUAUGGUAGGAAUAGAAUAGAUAGACAGGAAAGAUUAUGCCAAGUGUGUCAAUGCUCUGAGAUUGAAGCCGUGUAUCAUUUUAUUCUUAUAUGCAGUGUUUACCAUGAAUUCAGAAUUCGAUUAAUUAAACGUUAUUUUUAUCAUAGACCAAGUAUGUACAAAUUCAUAGAAAUGCUUAAGUCAAACAAUAAAUCUGUUCUUAACAAUCUUAGCAAAUGCAUUUAUUUAGUCAAUAAGAAAAGAAAUGAUUUAUUGAAUUCAUAUCCUAGGCUUUAAGACUAUAACAAUAUUCAUUAUGUUCACUGUUAGACACUUUAUUAGUGAACAAUUGCUGUUAUUCAAUAUCUAAUUCAUAUUUAUUAGAGCUUAUUCUCCAUAUUGUAUAAACUGAAACAUUAAUUAUUCUCUUUCAUUUGAAUACCAACCGUGACAAAAUGUUUUAUAUGUAUUGAUGUAUAACGAGAUACAUGUAAAUGUAUAAGUGAAAUAAAAUUUUCUUCUGUC